AUGCACUGCAUCAUAUCUUGGCUGAGGCAAGAUAGCUCCCUUGAGAAAUGCCCCAUGUGCCGUCAGCGACGCUCGCCCAUACCUCGCUCUACUCCUUCGCCGCGCUCAAACUCUCUAAACCGUGCUGAAGAUGCUCCCGAUGAUGCGCAUCCCGAGCAGCAGCAGCCUACCGACGCGCUGGGGCUGCAAGUUGAAAUGCACGACGAUGAUGACAUGCCAUACCCUGAACCCAGCUCGGAACAACCGCUGCUCCCGCCACCAAACUUUCGACCUUUCUUUACCCUAAUCGAAGAUACUACCUCGGGCGAGCAUUACCACCCUUACGUUCAUUACGUCUUCGCCGACGAUGACCCAACCAUCUUGAUUGCAGCCUCGAUGCGAGGAUUGGGAUUGGAUGAUACGAGCUACCUACCACACGAUGCGCAACCUGGCGACGAGAGGCUAAGAACCGAGGGAGGCGAACAAGAAGACGAGCAAGACGCACCGGUCGAGUCACCACUUCCGCCACCCAUACCUGGCGUCAAGGAACACUACCUGAUCAUCGAUAUUGGAGCAGAUGGACGUACAAUCAUGGAUGCACAGUCAUUGUCCUCGGAGUGGCAAAUAACGGAUACUGCCGUACGGAUAGCUCCUUCGUUCGAUGAAGAUUCACCGGACCAGGGAUACAUGUUACGGAUAGAAGGCGUCAAGAUACCAAGGAAGAACAAGGGGAAAGGAAAAGGUCAAGCUGGGCUGCAUAAGCUGGAAGAAGCAAGAGACAAACAAGGCGACAUCUUCGCAGCCUUGGACGCGCUGGUACAGGGCAUCGAGGAAGACCUGGAAGUUGCGGGGAAGAUGACAGGUGUAAGAUGGAGAGAAGGUGAGGACGGCACCAUGGUAGACGUGCGCCAAGACGAAGUGGAAAAGACGGGCGAUGAGCGAUGA